CGACGGAAUCUUUUGAUGUUUGGUGGGUUGGACUGGGUUGGUGGGGAGCGGCCGGCGAAUCCCGGCGGCCGCUCGGGUCUCCCUGUAUUGUUGCAGGCUUGAGCUCGCUUUCUAACCCCGUGCCUCGACCAUGACUUACCACGUUUACCAACCACACAGUUCCAAUCUCCGCCUCUUUCUCAGGAUAUGAAAGCUCCAGAAGCUGGAGGAUGAAUCGUCGAAAUGGGAGAGAGCUCUGGGGCGAGUGCUGAUAGCUUUCAGCAGUCUAUCAUCACCAUGUCCGAAACCAUUUCCGCAUUUGCUGAAGGCGUCACAAGCCUGCCAAAUGCUAUGGAGUCUGCAAUUCCUUCCGCUCUGGCUGUGGCAAACACAACAAUCCAAAAGCAGAAAGCCCAGUCUUCCUGGUUCGGUUUGUUUGGGAGAAUGAUUCUUUUCAUGAUCAAAGUGAUCCCUGGAUUUCUUUACUGGAUCAUCACUUUCUCAACUAUCACCAUGCCCACGUUCCUCUUCACGCUCUUCUCUACAAGCUUGACAUUCACUAUGAAUGCAACCACUUUAAUGUUGAUUGCCAUUGCGCUUGUGUCGACCUUGAGCUGGUUCGUCCGGUACAGGUUCUUGAACAUGUAUGCUCGGUUGCCGCCAGAACCCCAAAGAAAAGAACCGGAAAUCGACCUGUAUCCGGACACUCAAGAAGAAGGUUCCAAGUCUGGAUUUUCUAAUUACUUGGACGAGUUCCUCAGUGCUAUAAAAGUGUUUGGAUACUUGGAGCGACCAGUCUUCCACGAGCUCACAAGGACUAUGCAGACAAGGAAAUUAAUUGCUGGGGAGACUCUGAAUCUGGAAGAGGAGAAGGGCUUCUGUCUGGUCGUAGAUGGCCUGGUGGAGAUCUUUGUCAAGUCUGCUCGGGAAAGUAGAGGUUCGGAUUCGGAAACAGGGUUUCACCCAGACGACUCAUCCGAUAGUGGAGAGGGACAAUACCGGCGAAGUACACAACAGGGCUACCAAUUGUUGACAGAAGUGAAGAAUGGCGCCCCCAUGUCGUCCUUAUUCUCAAUUCUAUCUUUGUUUACGGAAGAUGUUAAGCUCAGACAUGACGAGGAUGAUGAGGCGGAGGGUAGCGGAUCUUCCGCAUACGGUCGUCAGCAGUUUCCCUCCAGCGGCAGCUUUGCCUAUGACCACAACCACCACGAAACGCCUCCUUCUCUACCAACGAGUCCUAUUUACGGUGCCCCAAGUGAAAAAGGCCAGUCUACCUCGCGCGACCGCUCCUCCACCCUAGCGAGUCCGACAGCUGGCGGCACGCUUCCUCGCGUUCCCCCUCUAUCUCUUGAUGAUCCCGACAGACCGCCCUUGAAGCAACGACCAAUGCCCAGAAGGACUCAGACCAAUUCUGCCCACCCAGAUAUCGUGGCAAGAGCUACUGUGGAUACCACCAUUGCCAUCAUACCCGCAAGUGCUUUUCGCCGCCUUACACGAGUCUAUCCGAAAGCUACUGCGCACAUUGUUCAGGUAAUUCUGACAAGAUUACAAAGGGUGACUUUGGCGACAGGACACUCUUAUCUUGGCUUGACGAGCGAGGUCUUACGUACAGAGAAGCAUAUGAACAAGUAUACAACAUAUGAGCUUCCCAACUUUCUGCGAGGGGACGCUUUGGAACGAUUGAAAGAAAAAUUCAUCCGCGAACGCGAGCGCAUCGGUGUCGAGGAAGGCAGUAAGGGUAUUGCAUUGCACAAUGCAGGCGCUGGCCGCAGGAGACGAUCCAGCAACAGCCUUCGGAAGGAGGCAACUUUGCACGCUUUGUCUGGGAAAACAGCAUCUUCCGUUUCGGUACGUGCAGAGCCAAUCUCGGGUAGUGAUACUGGCGCAAGCCCAAGCCCUGGGGAUCUUCUAACAAACAUACAAAUGUCUCGCAAUGGCGGCCGUAAAGUUAGUAACUUUGGUCAAGGAACCUCUGUUGGUCACUCGGUAGGGAAUGGCCCCGAAGUUUGGCACCAUGAUGCUCAAAGUCCUCUUGCGCAAAGAUCUUUCAAUCCUUUCAAUAGCCCCGUCAAUCCUCGAAGGACUCUUCAUCGUCAAGAGUCCAUAGAUGAGGACAGCAUGUUCCGUGGGUCAAUUCUGGAGUGCAUAUUCAAAGCCAUCGGGUUGACAAACACCAAAAAUGCCCUGAGAAUGUCAGACUCAGUGGAGGCGUCACCGAGACUUGUCUCGUACGAUCAGCGUCGGCAAAAGGCUGUAUUCAGCAACAAUGCAUUUGGCUUCAUUGACCCUUACGAAGGAUCUGCAGAUGGGGAUACCGAGUCAAUGACAUCCGGAGGGAUCAGUGCUGGUGGCUUUCCAAGUACGCAAGGCCUUGCCCAUGAGCUCAAAGAUGAAGUUGAGAUUGUGUUCUUCCCAAAAGGCUCUGUACUUGUAGAGCAAGGCGAGCGUAAUCCUGGAUUGUACUAUGUCAUUGAUGGGUUCUUGGAUGUCACCGUUCCUCUCGAUGACAAGUCCGAAUCUAUUGUACUAGCUCACUCCCAUCAAACGUCGUCAAAUGCAAGAGCUGGCCAUGAAACGCUGGCUCCACUUUCCCGGACACGCACUGGAUCUUCUCGCACAUCUGGCUCGGCUCUGGGUAAUGGCGGUACCGAAGGUAAAAAGCGAAGGUCUGCUGGUCGGAAGAGCCUGGCGCUGAUCAAACCCGGUGGGAUCGCCGGGUACAUCGGUACCAUCUCGUCAUAUCGAUCAUUCAUUGAUGUUGUGGCCAAAACAGACGUCUAUGUUGGAUUUCUGCCACGGUCCUCUCUGGAAAGAAUAGUCGAGAAGUACCCUGUCGUACUUCUUACUAUGGCAAAGCGAUUAACAAGUCUUUUGCCGAGAUUGAUUCUCCACAUCGACUUCGCGCUGGAGUGGGUUCAGGUCAACGCAGGCCAGGUUAUCUAUCACCAAGGUGAUGACAGCGAUGCAAUAUAUAUCGUUCUCAACGGCCGUUUGCGCUUGGUCACAAACAACGAAGAAGCAGGAAUGAAAGUUGUAGGCGAGUAUGGUCAAGGAGAAAGUGUUGGGGAGCUGGAGGUCAUGACAGAAUCAGUGCGACCUGCCACACUCCACGCGAUCCGAGAUACUGAGCUCGCCAAGUUUCCGCGCACACUUUUCAACAGUCUCGCUCAAGAACAUCCUGGAAUCACUAUCAAGAUCUCCAAGAUUAUAGCGUCGCGCAUGCGGUCCCUAGUAGAGGAUCCGGUCUUCCUCCAAGGAAAGGAAAAGACGACCGGCGCCACAAACAACAAAGUGUCAUCCACUAUUAAUCUUAGAACUGUGGCAAUCCUCCCUGUCACAGCUGGUGUGCCUGUUGUUGAAUUCGCUAGUCGAUUGACAAAUGCACUUACCCAAAUAGGAGCAACCAACGGAGUUACGUCCCUUAAUCAUGCCGCGAUUCUGAAUCAUCUUGGAAGGCAUGCAUUCAGUCGAAUGGGAAAAUUGAAGCUCUCCCAGUAUCUGGCUGAUCUCGAGGAGAAGUAUGGCUUGGUAUUGUAUGUUGCUGAUACGAACGUCAACUCCCCGUGGACCCAAACCUGCAUAAGCCAAGCUGACUGUAUUCUCUUGGUCGGAUUAGCUGAAGGUUCACCUGCAAUAGGCGAGUAUGAACGUUUCCUGUUGGGCAUGAAAACGACUGCGCGAAAGGAGUUGGUUCUGUUACAUGCCGACAGAUUCUCGCCACAAGGCUUGACAAGAGCUUGGCUACGCAAUCGCGUGUGGAUCAACGGCGGUCACCAUCAUGUUCAAAUGGCAUUUCGUUCUAGCUCAGUGCCAGUACACCCGCAAGCCAGGAAAUUUGGGUCGGCUUUAAAGCAACGCGUUCAAGUGAUCCAAGCAGAGAUCCAAAAAUACACAUCUCGAAGAGUCCGGCAAACGCCACUGUACUCCGCAGAGACCCCUUUCAAAGGAGAUUUCCAUAGGAUUGCAAGGCGUCUUUGCGGCAAGUCGAUUGGGCUUGUCCUUGGCGGUGGAGGAGCUCGAGGAAUAUCUCAGGUUGGCAUUAUUCGGGCCUUGGAAGAAGCUGGUAUUCCCAUCGAUAUCAUUGGAGGUACCUCCAUUGGCGCGUUUAUUGGUGCUUUAUACGCUCGUGAUGCGGACGUUGUGCCAAUGUACGGUCGAGCAAAGAAAUUUGCAGGGCGCAUGGCAAGCAUGUGGAGAUUUGCUUUGGAUUUGACGUAUCCAUCUGCAUCGUAUACUACUGGCCACGAGUUCAAUCGUGGUAUUUUCAAGACUUUUGGAAAUACACAGAUUGAGGACUUUUGGCUUGAAUACUACUGCAACACGACAAAUAUUAGCAAGAGCAGAUCGGAGAUCCACACUAGCGGGUAUGCUUGGCGGUAUGUCAGGGCUUCUAUGUCGUUAGCUGGACUUCUUCCUCCUCUGUGUGAUGAGGGUAGUAUGCUUCUCGACGGAGGUUACGUCGACAACUUGACUGUCUCACACAUGAAGUCUUUAGGAGCAGAUGUAAUAUUUGCCAUUGAUGUGGGUAGUCUCGAUGACGAUACGCCACAAACUUUCGGGGAUUCGUUGUCAGGAUUCUGGGCGUUUGCAAAUCGAUGGAAUCCUUUCUCUUCGUUUCCCAAUCCGCCCACACUUGCUGAAAUCCAAGCACGACUGGCCUAUGUGUCCAGUGUCGAUGCUUUAGAGAGAGCAAAGACAACUCCAGGCUGUCAUUACAUGCGUCCUCCGAUUGAUGAUUAUGGUACGCUAGAUUUCGGAAAGUUUGAUGAGAUAUAUCAGGUUGGGUAUAAAUUUGGUCAAGAGUAUCUGUCAAAAAUGCGAGAGCAAGGAGUUCUUCCGCUGGUUGAUGAGACAGAAGAGAAGAAGGCUCUUCGUCGUACAAUGGCCCCUCGAAGAGCAAGCAUUUAAUGGACAACAUUAUGGCGUCUGGGGUUGGGACUUCAUAAAUGGUAGGCGCUGGGAAAUACCCAUCAUAGAGAACACGCACAAAUAGAUGAGAAUUGACUGCGACUGGGGGCUUGUAAAUUUCGCCUAGAUGAUCCAAUGUGCAGAGUAUUCUUCGAAUUUACCAGAGAUAUGUUCCUCGUUUAUUGGUCCCUCAAGCAAAUGUAGCAUCUCCCAGGGAGAAGCUGUAUAGAUCUAUAUAUUGAACUUGCC